AUGAAUCGUUUCGAAGGAGGUCUAAACGUUGACCUUCAGGAGAAACUAGCAGCACAUAUGAGCAAAUCCUAUCAGGAAUUGUAUGAUAGGGCCAUCAAUGUCGAACGCAAGACGAAACUUAGAAAGGAGGUGUUUGAGAAUGGUAAGAGGAAAGGAAAACCUCAAGAAGGCCAAUCAAGCAACAUUUUCAACAAGAAGUUGAAUAUUGGUCACUUGGAGGGGAACCGUAAUCAAAGACAAGUUCCUCAGUGCAACAAGUGUAACAAGCAAGGCCAUUGGGCAAGGGAUUGUCGCAAAGGCACCGACCAAUGUUAUCUAUGUGGACCUCCACAAGCUGGGAGAGUGUACAUGAUGCAAAGAGAAGAAGCUGAAGCGGAUGAUACCGUCAUCACUGGUACUUUUCCUGUCCACUCCAUACCCGGUUGUGUUCUUUUUGAUUCUGGAGCUUCACAUUCAUUUAUAUCUACUACAUUUUCUAGAACUUUGAAUGCAAAACCAUGCCCUAAAUUCUCUGCCAUGCCAGUUUCCGUCCCAAAUGGUGAAUCUAUCUCAUGUGAUGUCAUGUAUAGAAACUGCCAUAUCCUUAUAGGAGGCUAUGAAUUCCUAGUUGACCCAGUUCAAUUUGAAUUAACCGACUUUGAUGUGAUCUUGGGAAUGGACUGGUUAUCCAAGUACCAAGCUGACAUUAAUUGCCUUAACCAUGAGAUAACCCUUAGAGGACCCAAUGGGUGCAAGGUUUCUUAUCGAAGAAGAAGAUCCAAACCCCGUAUUAUAUCAACCUCCAAGGUAUUCAAACUACUUGAGAAGGGGGAAGAUGGUUCUGCGAUUAAAGUGCCUCUAAGAGAUGCUGCUACUAAAGAGGUUGUCCUGGGUGCUCCUGAGUAUUCUGCAAGAGUAGAAAUAGUAGUUCUUGAAGGAGACUUUGAUGGUUUAUGGGUGUAUUCAUCUUAUGCAAAUUUGUGUUUUCUUGGCAAUUCUUCUGAAAAGUUGGCUUAA